AUGACAAUUGUGGAGAUUUGGGAAAAUGUACUGAAUUAUCUGAUGAAGAGCUUUGAAACUGGAGAUAAGACACUUGUAUUUAGACCUUGGAAGGAGAUCAGUAAUGUCAGUUACUCUUCUUUUACUGUAGCCACAUGCUCCUUGGUGGAUCCUGAUCGGUGCACAAAAAUUUUCGGUAACUGUAGAAGACGCUGCUUUAAAUAUGAAAAGCAAAUUGAUAUAUGUUUCUCACCAAGUAAAAUUUGCUGCAUCGAGAGGUUAUUUGAAGAAGAUUGA